AUUUUCCCUUUUUGUUUAGACUAGAUUAAUCAAGGGCUCUGAGAUACAAUUCAAUUUUGUAAAUCUCCAGUUUUAAUUAAAAAUGGCAGAGACUGUGGAUGAUGGGGAUUCUUUGAAGAAAGCGGAUGAGUUUGAACCCAAGGAGGAGAAGUUAGGUUCUAUUCAGAUGAAUUCUGGAUUUGAAUUUGCGCCGAAGGACGAUCCACAGGAUGAAAACCGGGAUAUAUUCCGCGCAUCCGUGAAGAUUAAUUCACUCGUUUCCAAAGUUAUGGGGAAUGAUGAACAUCUGGAUUCUCUAGAUGUUUCGAAGAAAGAAACUACUUCUGAAGUUAUGGGGAAAGAUGAACAUCUGGAUUCUCUAGAUGUUUCGAAGAAAGAAACUACUUCUGAAGUUAUGGAAAGAGUUCAACUAAAAAAUAAAGAUCAAAGCGAAGAUGAGAUGAAUAAUACCGUCGAUCUAAACGAAGAUAUUGAGGGAGAGAAGGAGGAUAAUACUGAGGAUGGGCUGCCUGAAGCAGGGUCUGCUUGGAAAUUGGCUAGACUUAGUCCAAGGAUGAUUAUAUCCACCUGUAGUAUGUCCUCUGACUCAUCAUGUGACCAAACUCCUGGGACCAGGAGUCGCAAUAAGAGAGAAGAGAUGUUGGAGCCCAACCACUACUACUGCAGGGACUGCUUAAAGUGGAGUAUAAUCAAGGAUGAAGAGAUCUGUACACACUGUCUUACUCCGGUCUACACAACGCAGGUACAGCCUAGUUCCUCUCUGUUCCUAGUUGAGGAAGGAAUAUCUUCCAAGGUUUUCCUACCCACAGACCUUCCUUUCGGGCUUAAGAAACUUAACAGGAACCCAUUGGGUAUUCUGGAGAAGAAGAAGCAGAUGCUACAGGGACAAGAUAAUCAAGAGAGUUAUCCCCAGGUCAAACCGACAAGAUUCAGUCGACCCCCGGACAACAAUCAACCCUUCCCUGUUGGUCUUAACCAGUUCAAUGUUCCACCUCCGCCUCACCAGGAUUUCUCCGUCCCUCCCCCUCAUCUCGAGUUCUCUCCUACUCCUAUCCGCAGGGAGAACCUGAGUUCUCCUAACUCUAGUGGGAACAUGAGCUCUGCUAAACCUAAAUCGUCUAGGUUUAGUUUUGAUUUAUCUGGUUUACUCGCAAACCUAUUCUAUCCAGCAGAAAAGGAUAACAAUGAGACACCUCUAACCAGGAAAGGUGCAAGGAAAUCCAAAGCAGUUGCUCCUAAAAAGUCUAACGAGUUGGAAAGGUCCAGGAAAUCAAACGAAUUUGUUGGUCCCAGGAAAUCAAGCGAAUCUAUAGGUCCCAGGAAAUCAAGCGAAUUUGUAGGUCCCAGGACAUCAAGCGAAUCUGUAGGUCCAAGGAAAUCAAGUGAAUAUGUAGGUCCCAGAACAUCAAACGAAUCUGUAGGUCCCAGGAAAGCAUGCGAGUCUUUAGGUCCCAGGAAAUCAUGUCAAUCUGCAGGUCCCAGGAAAUCAAGCGAAUCUGUUGGUCCCAGGAAAUCAAGUCAAUCUGUAGGUCCCAGGACAUCAAGCGAAUCUGUAGGGCCCAGUACAUUAAGCGAAUCUGUUGGUCCCAGGAAAUCAAGCGAAUCUGUAGGUCCAAGGAUAUCAAGCAAAUCUGUCUGUACCAGAAAAUCAAGCAAAUCGGUUGGUUCCAGGACAUCAAGUGAAUCUGUAGGUCCAAGGAAAUCAUGCGAAGCUGUAGGUCCCAGGAAAUCAAGCGAAUCUGUAGGUCCCAGGAAAUCAAGCGAAUCUGUAGGUCCCAGGAAAUCAUGCGAAUCUGUAGGUCCCAGAAUAUCAAGCGAAUCUGUAGGUCCCAGGACAUCAAGCGAAUCAGUUGGUCCCAAGAAAUCAAGCGAAUCAGUCGGUCCCAGAAAAUCAAGCGAAGGAAAAGCUAGCUUCAAGAAAACUGUUUCAAAAUCAAUUCUCAAGAAUCCCGGAAGCAAGAAGAGAUUAUAUCCUGAGAACUCUCUGGAGGAUGAACUAACCAUGACCAAGGCCGGAUCCUCUACUCCCAGGAAGAAGAAGAGGAUGAACUGUGAGAUUAAAUCUAGCCAGGAGCUUGACCUCUCCAACCUCAGCCUCCGAUCCUCCAGGUCCAACCCUGACCUCCUCCACAUGAACUCUACUCAAGGAACACAAGAGUACAGUCUGCAAGGUCCUCAAGUAGUAUCAGAAUACCAGCAGGACAGCUCUCUGUCUAGUCUUCCUGGGCGUGAACUAAACCUUGUAGAAGAAUUAGGGGAUGGUAGAACCAGCAAUUCUUCAGAUAGGUUGGAAUCCUGGAUUCAGAUUAAGACUUCAAUAUUCGAAGAGAUUCUCAAUCUUAAGAUGAAGCUGACUGCUCUGCUGUAUGUACAUAAGGACCGUACUGCUGAAGAGAAUACUAGUGUUAAAAGAUCUAUCUUCGUACAGCUAAAGAAACUCGAGGACGAAUUGAGUCUGCUGAACGGGUUUAAAUCUGAUAUUACAGCUGCUAUAUUCAGCAGUCUGGAGAAGGAGAGGAAGUCCCUGGAUUCUAUCUCCUCCCUGCCCGCCAACAUAGAGAACAUACCACCAGUAGCCCCAGCACUGGUCCAGGGACCAUGUAUGGAGUUCAAGAGCCUCUACAAUCUUUCCGAUCAGUUGCAGGACUUCUGUCGUGGACCCAAUGCAAGCAAGUUCGUGAUUCAACGCCUACG